AUGGGACAAGCACUGUCUGACGAAAGCUCGCGGCACAUGUCGCACGAAGAGCUCACCCAUGAACUCGCCAGCCGCUUCGCCGACAAGUGCUUCACUUCGCUCGAACUCUACUCCUUCAAAGAUGUCUUCAAAAGCCUGGCAGACAAGCAGGGCGAUAUCCGCUACCUAAAGGAGGACACCCUCGCCCGCUUCCUCGAGAUACCCGACAUCCUCCAUGUCUCUCCUGUCAUAUUCCAGAUGGUGUCCUACAUCGGCGCCUUCCCCUUUCUCCAAGACGCGCCCGCCGUCCUCGGCAUCGACCAGAUGGUUAUGGUGGUCGUGAUCAUGACACAGAGACACAAGCGGGUUCUGGCCAAAGGAGCAACCGACCGCGCCAAGCUCAUCUUCAAGAGUCUUGCAGUCUACGACCGUAGGGCUUCCGAAGCUGCCAUCUCCGCCGAGGAAUCUUCGAAGGAGGAAAAGACGACCGACUCACAGCCGAGGAGCCAUGUCGCAGGCUUCGCAGUCGACGAGCCGGCCGAGGAACCAGAGGACGACGACGACGAUCUCGAGAUUGCCGCCUUUGAGCUACUCGAUAUCAACGACGCCGUCUGGCAAGGCGACGCACCGAAGAUGCAGGGAGCCAUGAUUCCAGCCGACAACUUCCGCAAGUUGCUCAUGUUGCUCAUCUUGAUAGCUCCCCUAAAUGCCCAGGAGAGACUGUCCAUGUAUUCCACCCGCGUAACGGGUGACGAACUGGACAGCCUUCGCGCUACUGCUGAGCACAUCCUGGCGGCUUUCUUGAACGUCGAAAAGGCCCCCGGCAUCAAGUUCAGUCACUUCAACCGAGUGCUGCCCGUCUGCUUCCCUAAUCUCUUCAAUGGGUUCAGCCCCCUCUUCGAGCACUUCCUCUUCUCCAAGAACUUGGACUUUACAAAACACAGAGGCGAAGAGCCGGCAGCUGAAAAGCAACCUGAAGAAGUCGUGCAGCCGUUGCUGCCAGAACCGGGCGAAAUUCUUAACUUGAACGUCCUUUCCCAGCUGUCCUUCUUCCUACCAGGAUCAGACCUGUUCAGACGACUCAGACCCCUUUAUUCCGGUAACAAAGACGGGUUCUCUACGGGAAGCUUCGAGAGCAAAGUGUUCAAUUGGAGAGCGCCUACAAUACUUCUGGUGCGUGGCACGCGGAUCAACGGCGACCCCCACGGCAGCCAGGAAACAACUUUCGCCGCGUCGAUUCCCCCGCGCCGAUUCCCGAACGGCAGUAAGGGUGACCGUCUGACCUUUGGUGUGUACGUUAGCCACCCGUGGAAGCAUACUACCAAGGAAACUUUCGGCGAGAGAGACACGGUUCUCUUCCAGCUGGAGCCGGUCCAUGAUGUGUUCCCUGCCUCUCGAUACAACUCAGAAUUCAUCUCCUUUACUAAGGCGCCUACUAAUCGGCCCAUGCUCGGCGUUGGAUGCCCACACCCUCGACAAAGCCAAGCUCACCGGCGGAAUACGACGUUGUCCCUCGGCGCCGUUUCCUUGCUACUAGACGACUCAUUCGAGUUUGGAGUUUUCAACCACGAUUGGACCGCGGGCGGUGGAGCGUUCGCAACGAGCGUGUCACGAAAGUUUGACUUCCAGGAUCGAUUUGAGAUUGAAAGUCUCGAGGUCUGGGGCUGUGGCGGUGAUGAAGAGGCGAAAUCCCAGGCCGAGCGUUGGGCCUGGGAGCAUCGUGAAGCGGAAGCCCGGCGGAAGGUCAACCUGGGAACCGGUGAUUUGGAGGCCGACCGCGCAUUGUUGGAAAUGGCUGGUCUCGUGGGCAACCACCGGAGCGGUGGAUCAAUGGCAUGA